UUAGAGCUCGAAAAGCUUGGCCGGGUCACUCCAGCCCAACAUCAAUCAAGGCGAGAGAUUCCGCAGCUUGCUACUUAGGAUGAGGAAAGGGUGUCUCGGGACCGCACGACAGUCCCGCCUCUUCCGGAAGACGGGCACGUGACACCGGAAGUGGGUGGGAAUUCUAUGGAGGCGUUUCCGGCAGGCCCCGGCUACUGAAAGCCGGGGCAGACGUGCUGCUCCUGGUCCGGGUUCCUGUCCCGGUCCGGCCCAGGCGGCGACUGCGGUCGGAGGAAGGUGUUGGCCUACCGCCGCUGUACACUGCAGCCUUACCUCAGCUCAAAAUGAACUAUAUGCCUGGCACCGCCAGCCUCAUCGAGGACAUAGACAAAAAGCAUUUGGUCCUGCUUCGAGAUGGAAGGACACUUAUAGGUUUUUUAAGAAGCAUCGACCAAUUCGCUAAUUUAGUGCUACAUCAGACUGUGGAGCGUAUUCAUGUGGGCAAAAAAUACGGUGAUAUUCCUCGAGGGAUUUUUGUGGUCAGAGGAGAAAAUGUGGUCCUACUAGGAGAAAUAGACUUGGAAAAGGAGAGUGACACACCCCUCCAGCAAGUGUCUAUUGAAGAAAUCCUAGAAGAACAGAGGGUAGAACAGCAGACCAAGCUGGAAGCCGAGAAGCUGAAAGUUCAAGCUCUUAAGGAUCGGGGUCUCUCCAUUCCUCGGGCUGAUACCCUGGAUGAGUAUUAAGUCGUGUCGCUCUUGGGGAGCAGGGGCUCUCACUGGAAAGUGACAUCCUGGGCACCUCACAUUUGACUACAGACUGUAGAGUUUUGAAAAGUCAUUUUUAUUUUGAAUUCUUUCACAUGUGCAACAUGAAGAAGUCACGUGGCUUUUUCCCCCCAUUUUUAAUGACAAAAUCAUUGUUAAAAAAAAACAAACAGUGGCCAGGACUCCUUUCACAAGUCACUGUGGAGACAGAAACUACUUCUUUUUAUUGUUCUUGUCCCCGAGUAGCACUCACAGGAAACAUCUUCAUUUACUUGUAAAUAAAAUAUGAUCUCAAAACUCUUAGUAUUUCCCAA